GAAACACAUUCACAGAGCUCAGAGACCAGAUGUCAUGCAAGUAGUGUCGGAGUAAUGUAUGGACGUCUUGUAACGCAGGAUCAAAUGGUGGCACUGACUGCACAACAGGCGCCGACGGCCCAGAAGUCUGCGGUGGCCGACGAGCUCUCAUCGGUGACACUGACCAGCGCUCCGACGGUCGCCACGAGAAUAGCGCCCUUCAAGUUCCGGGAGCCACAGACCGCUCCCCUCCGCAAACUCAGCGUCGAUCUCAUCAAGACUUACAAACACAUCAAUGAAGUGUAUUACGCGAAGAAGAAGCGAAGAGCCCAACAAACACAGGGCGACGACAAUAACGCCUCCCAUAAGAAGGAGCGGAAGCUGUAUAACGACGGCUACGACGACGACAAUCACGACUAUAUCAUCAAAAAUGGGGAGAAAUUCUUCGAGAGAUACGAAAUCGACUCAUUGAUAGGGAAGGGAUCGUUCGGUCAAGUGGUGAAGGCCUACGAUCACGACGACCAGUGCCACGUAGCCAUCAAAAUCAUCAAAAACAAAAAGCCCUUUCUCAAUCAGGCGCAGAUCGAGGUGAAACUGCUGGAACUGAUGAACAAUCACGAGUCCAACGGCACUUCAUACUCGAUCGGCAAAGACAAGAUCGUCAAACUAAAGGGUCAUUUCAUGUGGAGGAACCACUUAUGCCUAGUCUUCGAGCUAUUAUCGUAUAAUUUAUAUGAUUUGCUGCGAAACACCAAUUUUCGCGGCGUUUCACUCAAUUUGACGCGAAAAUUCGCUCAACAAAUGUGUACGGCUUUGAUGUUUCUCUCAAAUCCGGAGCUCUCUAUCAUUCACUGCGAUCUGAAACCAGAGAAUAUACUCCUCUGUAGUCCCAAACGAAGUGCCAUCAAAAUUGUCGACUUCGGCAGCAGUUGUCAACUCGGAAAAAGGAUAUACCAAUACAUUCAAAGCCGUUUCUAUCGAUCUCCAGAAGUCCUAUUAGGCAUUCCGUAUGACAUGUCGAUCGACAUGUGGUCGUUGGGCUGUAUUCUGGUUGAGAUGCAUACGGGAGAGCCGUUGUUCAGCGGCGCCAACGAAGUCGACCAAAUGAACAAGAUCGUCGAGGUGCUCGGCCUACCACCCAAACACAUCGUUGACCAAGCGCAUAAAGCGCGCAAAUACUUUGACAAACUGCCCGACGGAACCAAUGUUCUCAAGAAGGCUAAGGACGGCAAAAAGUAUAAGGCUCCGGGCGCUAGAAAGCUGACAGACAUACUGGGCGUGGAGUUGGGCGGUCCGGGCGGCCGCCGACUGGGAGAGCCCGGCCACGCGGUGUCCGAUUAUCUCAAAUUCAAGGAUCUGGUGCUCCGUAUGUUGGACUACAACCCGAAGACCCGGAUCACCGCUCACAACGCUCUGCAGCACAGCUUCUUCAGGCGUACCAGCGAUGGCAGUACUAACACAUCCCUCAGCACCAGUUCCAGCCCUGCCAUCGAACAAGGGUUGCUCAGCCCGAGCGCCAUGGGUUGCGCCGGUCAGUGUCCCACCGACUUGACAAACAUUAGGGCCCAUUCAGACCCCACACAUCAACACUUUGGCCAUUCAUUACACGGCCAUCACUUGCAGAACAGUUAUACGCAAACCGGCGGUCCGUUUCACGUGAUUAGCGACGGCUUAAUGGCCAACAACUCGUCGCUGACGGCGAGUCUCCACCAUAUGGUGUGCUCUUCAGCCAUGGAUUGCGAGAGUCCGGUGACGAGCACUACCGGCGCGGGAAUGGCCUUAAACUACGCUCCGGACCCCCGGUUCCCGUCGAAGGCGUGGGCGCCCAUCACUCCCAUCACAACACCGCCCACCGGCCAGUCCUCACUCCAGUCGCCCCCAAACUCAUUGACUUCGCCCACAGUUUACAAUCACUCGCAAACACAUCACUUGCGACUCAACACGUCUUCGUUGUCGUCAUCGUCGGUGUCGGCCAACGGCGCCCAAAACGGUUCCAAUAGUCAGCAACACUCGCAUCACUCCUCGCGAACCGUCGCCCCAGUCGUCGUCGGCGGCGGAGGCGCUGGUGUUCAGCAGCCCUUCGCCCGACAGAACAGACAUCUAAACCAUAGCCUCCCCGCCCAACACACGCCCCCCUCUGCCACCGCCUCCACCGCCGCAUCGCUGGCCAAAUCUCAUCAACAUUUGCCGCACUCGUCGGCGGCCAGCCUUCAGGUGGCGGCCAUCUCGUCGUCGUGUCCGUCGGCGUCGAGCACUUCGUCCUCUCAUAACAACACCAAUCCAUUGACACAAUCGUUGCUGAUAUCAAACAACUCGAUGACAUCGCCGGCCUCUUCCGGUUCCUCAUCAGACUUUUCAGUGCCAAUGGACACGAGUGCCGGCAAUGCCUUCAUUCCGGCGUUCAUUCAAAAUCCGCAAUCCUUUCAAAACAUGGCAUCAUUUCAGGCGCCGUCCUAUCCAUCGAGCGCUCAGUCUUUAUUCAAGAGUCCGGGCUUUCAUCUGAACAACACCUCCUCCUUGUCGUCGUUGACGAGCGGCGCGACGCUGGGGUCGGCGCACGCCUUCUCACAUGUCGUGCCGGGACUUCACGGCCAACACCACAGCCCUUCAUCUGUCACCUCAUCGACGCUCAGCCAACGACAGGCGGCCACCGGUUUAGUGGAGUCGGUGCUGAAACGGUCGCGACAGAGCUAUGCCACCAGCGAUGACACCAUCGACAGAGACGAGUCCUCGCCUAUGGUUAUGGCGCACGACUCCAUAUCCACCAUCACAUCCAUACCAUCCAUACCCUCAAUACCGCCGUUGCAAACACCGGGACAGCACUCUAUAUCGCGGCCACAGCAUUGACUAUAGUGUCAAUUAGUAGGUCUUGUAUUCAAAUUAAUGAGUGAUUUAUUAUUAUUUUUUAUUUCCUAUUAUUAUUAUUCAUUAUUAAUCGUAUUUUCUAUUUAUUAUUAUUAUAAUUAUAUUAACAAAACCACUGAAUGAGAGUCUAAAUGAAAUGAAAAG